UGUAGACAGACACAGCUUGACAUGCUGAUGUGGAGAAGAUGAGAAGGUUCCUGAGGAUACACAGAGAUGAGGACUAUGACCAGAUGCAGUUUUUCACAGUGAAAUGUAACCAGCUUGUACAGGAAAAGGCCCUGCUGGAGAGGGAGGUCCUGCUGGCCGUGGAGAGGGAGCGAGCCUUGAGGAAGGAGCUGGAGGCAGUGUCCCUGCGUCUCUGCCAGCAGGAGCAGGCCAACGUGCAGCUGUGUCUGAAGCACGAGCGGCUCCUGGCCCAGGUGCACCAACAGGAGAAGCACCUCCUGACCAGCAGGCCAGAGGGGAGCCCCAGGGACACGGGGCUGCUGGGCCAGCAGCUGGAGCAGGUCUGCGCAGAGCUGGAGCAGCUGCAGAGCUCUGAGACGCAGCUGGAGAACCUGGUGGAGGAGAUACAGAAGGAGAGCCUGCAGCGGACUGCGCACCUGCAGGACCUCAUGGACGAUCUGGAGAGGGAGAAUUUACAGAGGACUGCGCAGGUGGAGGAACUGCAGGCCGAGCUGCGCAGCAGAAGCCAAGAAUUGGAUGAGCUGAAGUGCUACCACCAGGGGGCAGUACAGGAACUGCACUGGGAGAACCAGGGCAGCCUGCGGAAGCUGCAGGAGACCGCUGAGCAGUUCGAGUGGCUGUGUGAGCAGCAACGCAACUGGAUGUGUUGCGUAAAAAGGUUUAAGGACUGCAUGUCAGAGGAGAGGGAGGCUUUGCUGCAGCAGAUGGGCCAGAUGGAGGUGGAGCUACGGGUGCUGAGAAAGGCGACAGAGACCAAAGGCUCGGAGGAGGACGGCGAGCCGCGCGCAAUCAGCAACAGGUCCCCGCAUUGCGCUGUUCUCACGCCAGACACCAACACCGUUCUGUCGUCGCAGGUUCCACACAUGACUCUUCAGUAUCGCUUCUAUCUCCAUCAUCAACAUGGCUCAAAACAUGCGAUAGUUGUUAGUGAUUUUUGUUUUCUUUCACGUGCCGUUCAUUUAGCAGAUGAGUUUAUUCGGAACAAUGUGUGAGUGAGGAUCCGAGAGCAGCGCCAGCCUGAAUCCCUGGAAGAGCCGGGGUUAGGGGCCUUGCUCAAGGGCCCAAUGGUGAUGUCACUCUCCCAACCACAGAAUUUGUAUCAGCAACCUUCGGAUCAUGAACAAGGCGUCCUGCACCCCCGAGCCAAACACCACCCUCCUGAGGAAUUUUUCCCUUAGGAAGCUCCAAUAACAACACUCUCUACACCUCCCCCCCCC